AAUCGAACCCGGGACCCUUCAGUCCGCAGGCCGACGCUCUAUCCACUGAGCCAAACCGGUUUUGGCAACACAGGCUUUCUUGUGUUGAGUAUAUAAUCCUUUUGGGUUGAAGUUCCCAACGGAGAGGAAGAGUACAAGAAAAUCAAGGCUGCAAACUAUCCUCAAAGCCCUAAUAUUUCUGUCAUGAAAUUACAAUCUAAUGAUAUCCCCUGAAAUUCCAAAGAAUAGUGCUAUGGGCCCAUUUAAUGAUUUUGGGGUUUUUUUUGGUAUCCUGUUAAGAUUGGUUUCCAGAGAGUCCCCAAGAUAAGAGUUUGCAGCGUUGAUGUGUGGUUAAUUUGACGAUGGGUCUAUCCGGGCGGGACAAAUAUGGUUCUAGUUGGGGGCAUGAAAUGUGUGUCUCUUGCUAUGACAAUUGUAAGAGGAGAUGGGGUUUAGCUUUGGAUGGUCUUCAAGUUACCUCUGGGCUCAGCCACUCUCUAGCUCUGAGUUCACUCUAAACUUUCUCAUCUGUUUGUUAAAUUUUUGCCUCAAAGCUACUUGGAACCAAGAACAAAAUGAAGAGCCAUGGCUUCUUCAGAAGCAUCUAUUCCUCCCUCCAAGUUUAUAUAUUUAAUGGCAACAAUAGAUGGAGAUGGUAGGAGCUUGAGAAUAUAGCAAGUCCUGGUAGCUGCUUCAAAUACCCACCUGGCUCCACACAUACUCAUCCCCAUAUCACUGACCAUAUUCCUUAUGCUGUAAUCCACAUCCCUGUGGUUAUUCUGUAACUACUAAUCUGUCCUGCUUAAUUCCUUCAUCUUUUCACCCAUAGUAGGAAUGUAUACAUUAAAUAUGUGCAGCUUUUUUGCAUGUCAAUCAUACUUCAAUUUGCAAAAAAAGAACACAACAUUUAAAAAAGACAAAGAAAAACAAUAAUGAGAUAAUGUAUAUGAAGACUUUAACAGCUUAGGGGAUAUAGUAAGCUCUUAACAAACUGUAGUCUUUUUCUUUUUUAAGUCAAACCUCAGUCUUUUUUAAAAAAAUAUUUUUAUUGAUUUCAGAGAAGAAGGGAGAGGGAGAGAAAGAUAGAAAUAUCAAUGAUGAGAGAGAAUCAUUGAUUGGCUGCCAACCGGGGGUGCCCCUGACCGGAAUCGAACCUGGACCCUUUAGUCCAAAGUCUGACGCUCUAUCCACUGAGCCAAACCAGCUAGGGCAAACUGUAGUCUUUUUUUAUCAUUAUCAUCUCACGAUGAGCUUCAUUCGGGCAGGGACCAUAUAGCAUUGCUCAGGACCUGGCUCAGUGAUUAAAUAGCCGACACCUGCUGAGUGAUUUGUAUGAGCCAGGCCCUGAGUUCAACCACAACCUUCGAGGUAAGUACUGUUAUUGCCCCCAUAUUACAGAUGAGGACACUGAAGCACAUAGAAAUGAGGCAACUUGCCCAAGGACAAAACUAAAAUUUGAAUUCAAAGCAAUCUGACUCCAGAGCCCACGCUCUUAACACUACACUGUGCUGCCUCAGCCAAUGUAUGCCUCAAUAAGCUGUUGCCGAGCUCGGUCACGGCGGCUCAGUGGUUGAGCAUCAACCUAUGAACCAGGAGGUCUCAGGUUCACAGCUCCAUCCCCAGUGGGGGGCAUGCAGGAGGCAGCCAAUCUAUGAUUCUCCCUCAUCAUUGAUGUUUCUGUCUCUCUCUCCCUCUCCCUUCCUCUAUCAGAAAUCAAUUAAAAAAUAAAACAUAAACUGUUGCUGUGUGAAAAAAUUAAUGUAGAUUUCUGAAAAUGCAAUUUCUGGGUCUCAGAACAUACACAUAUUGCAAUGUAAGUUAUUCAUUAUAAUUUUAAGUUUUUUAAAAAGCAGUAUAAAAUUUUUAAAUAAUAUUAUCACAAUAUGGACACAAAGGUGCGCAGAAGAAAUAUUGGGAAAAAACACCACAUCAAAGUGUUAGGAGUGGCCAUUGUUGUUGAAUACAUUCAGGGGCGGCUUUUUUUUUUAAUACACCUUUUUCCAAAAUUUCUUUAAUGCGCUGUUAUUCGGCACAGACUGACUAACCAUAGCCUUAUUUUUGUGUUGUAUGUGCUUUACUGCUUUAUUGUUUGUUCUGACCUUAGACGCAAACAUUUCUAAGAGAAGAGAAUUUUCAUGAUUAUAUUGGGAUUUUUGUGCUCUAUCUUAAAAAGAAAAUCAGAAUCACAGGUAAUUUGAUCUCUUAACGUUAUUGGAGUGACCCAUUUGAUGUAACUCCUGGCGCUAACAAGCAGUGUUGUGGCUUUCCUUUUCUGGUAGUUCCUGUCUGCAGACAAGAGAACUGUUGUACUCGUACAUCCAUUUGGAAAACACAUUUUAUUGACUCGGGGUUUUGCAAAGGCUUUAUCAAGCUGCUUCCCAAAUAAUCCUGUUAGGCUGUAAUAAAGCCCUCGAAGCCUUGAAUCCACAUACACAAGCCUACAUGAAUGCAAAGGGGCAGGAUACUAAUCCGACAUACUAACCUAUGUUUUUUGCCCAGUACUUCCUGAUACUCCAGACCUUUCCCUGGUUUUAGCAGCAGCAGGGGCGUUCUACACUUACAGUCUCAGAGAAAGGACAACGGAACAGAACAAAGCCAUCAACUCUUGGCUUAUGACUUGAGAGACUAGGCCUAGAGGAGACCAGACCUAAAGGAAGAACAAAGCUGAACCACAUCUUCCCCCACAUCUUCCACAGGCUGUGAAGGAAGGACGGUGAACAAGAGACUUUAGAUGUUAACACAGGGGGUUCCUAGGUAAUGUGGCUCUGUACCCCCCAAAUCCCAGAGAGGUCUGGAGGGAAGAGUUCCAGAGGCCCACCAACCUGCCAUUGGCGAACACCUUAUAUGAGAAAAAUAGAACCCACUUCGUUUGACCUGGUGGGAGUCCCACCCCAUUCCAAUCACCAGGCCAGAAUUAUCAAGGUGAGCUAAAAUACUCAUGGAGAGCUAGUAGGCUCUAGUAAGGUGUGCUCUUCAGCAGGCAAUCUUUCCCUUUUUUCCAAAAUGAAGAAUUUUUUUCCCCUUACCAGUUCCCAUGCUGAGCAUUCCACCUUUCUGUCCUCCUCCCUUCCCCCAACGAAUGUGAUCUUCCUUAUAGAAUACUAGAGGCCCAGCGCACAAAAUUCGUGCACUGGUAGGGUUCCUAGCUGCUGCCAGCUGCGGCUGGGGCCUCUCUCCCUUCCCCAGGCUGGCCAGCCCCCUGGUCUAACUCCCAGAAGAACUCCAGUGGGGGGGACAAUUUGCAAUCUAAGCUUUUAUUAUAUGGGAUAAUUACCACCCUGGCCAGUUUGGCUCAGUGGAUAGAGCAUAGGCCUGCAGACCAAAAGGUCCUGCUUUGAUUCUGGUCAAAGACAGGGCUUGUGAGGGAGGUAACUAAUCGAUUUCUCUCUGUCUUGCCCUUUCUCUUCCACUCUCUAAAAAUCAAUGGAAAAAUACCUUAUGGUGAGGAUUUAAAAAAAAGAAUAUAAUUACCCAUGUUGUCUGUUGAACUGGAUUUCUUUUGUUUUAAACAUCAGCCAAUUUUCACAACUCUGCAAUUAUGGCAAUAGAGGGUAAGCAACCAUUUUUGUCAGCUUGACUUUUUUUAAAAAAAAUACAUAUUUUAUUGAUUUUUUACAGAGAGGAAGGAAGAGGGAUAGAGAGUUAGAAACAUCGAUCAGCUGCCUCCUGCACACCUCCCACUGGGGAUGUGGCCGCAACCAAGGUACAUGCCCUUGUUGGGAAUCGAACCCGGGACCUUUCAGUCCGCAGGCUGAUGCUCUAUCCACUGAGCCAAACCAGUCACGGCCAUCAGCUUGAGUUUUAAACUGACCACUUCACCAAUAGACUUCGCCAGGAUUGGGUUUUGCCGGGUAGGCCAAGGUAAGUGCGAAAAAAUUAAUGGCUGAACAACCUUUUCUUUCAAGGUGGAGUUUGAGUAGAGAACAAUGUGCAGUAAUUUAAAGCUGUGUUCACAAACACAAUUCUACACAAGCAUAAGGAACACUGUGUGUGUGUGUGUCCUUUCGUAAAAAAAAAAAAAAAAAAUGGUUGCUUAAACAAGUGGUUAUCCGUUAUGGUGUUGACAUAGGAAAAGGUGAAAUGCUGGCAACCGAAUAAAAGCAACAGUGCAACAGGCAGCUCAGUGGCAUGUCUGGGAUGUUCCUUGGAUGGACAAACUUGCUUUUCACUUCCUCUCAAUUCUGGUCCCGCCCUCUUAGUGUAUCUUCCUGAGAAUGUUUAAAAAAAAAAAAAAAAGGAAAAAAGAACAUAUUGGUCUUACUGCAAGCUGUCUUAGUGUCUGCUGUUCCCUUCUUUUUAACGUCAUGGGACUGGGUCUUCCUAACUUCUCCAUUGUUUGGUGAGUCGCUUUGCUUUCCCGUGGCUGCCUUCCAGCCCUCCUCGGGGGCUGAAAGCUUCCUAGCGGGGGUCAGUGGAGCACCAGACUCCCAGGGAGCACGGCUCCCGCCGGCCGCAAGCAGCUCCCGGACGCCCGCAGCCCGCGCGCCUCUGCCCGGCGCCGCGCCCGGCCGGUGCCCGGACCCCUCUCCGCACCCGCUCCCCGCCGGCGCCCUGUGGGGCUCGAGGUGCCUCUGGUCAGUUCGCGGCCGCCUGGACCGGGACGCGCGUAACACCGCACCGAGCACUCCCCCGGCGGCGCGGAGGAGAAGGCGGCGGCCCUCUUCGCGCCCCCUCCGCGCGCGGAGGGCGCGGUGGGCGCGGGUCGGAGCCUCCAGCACCGCCCGGAUGCUGCAGCCGAGGGGCCUCUGCGGCAGCUGCGGGCGGCCCGGACCGAGCCUGCCCUCGGUGCGCGCGGGGCGCCGGAAGGGGGCUCUGGCUUUCGAUCCCUCCCUCUUUCCCUCUGGGUCCCGGAGCGCUCCAGCGGCCAGACCCUCCUCCUCCCAGUCCCAGGUGCCAGCCGGGAGAGGAGGACACGUCUCUGCUCCCGGCACCCCGCCAUGGGCAAUACCUCCAAUGACUCCCGGCCCGAGGACUGCGAGACUCGACAGUGGCUCCCCUCGGGCGAGAGCCCGGCCAUCAGCUCCGUGAUGUUCACGGCCGGGGUGCUGGGGAACCUCAUCGCGCUGGCGCUGCUGGCGCGCCGCUGGCGGGGAGACGCGGGGCGCAGUGCCUGCCGCGGGAACUUCAUCUCCUUGUUCCACGUGCUGGUGACCGAGCUGGUGCUCACCGACCUGCUGGGCACCUGCCUCAUCAGCCCCGUGGUGCUGGCUUCGUACGCGCGGAACCAGACCCUGGUAGCCCUGGCGCCCGAGGGCCGCGCGUGCAACUACUUCGCCUUCUCCAUGACCUUCUUCAGCCUGGCCACGAUGCUCAUGCUCUUCGCCAUGGCCCUGGAGCGCUACCUGGCCAUCGGGCACCCCUACUUCUACCAGCGCCACAUCAAGCGCCGCCGCGGCGUGGCCGUGCUGCCCACCAUCUACGCCGUCUCCCUGCUCUUCUGCUCUCUGCCCCUGCUGAACUACGGGCAGUACGUCCAGUACUGCCCCGGGACCUGGUGCUUCAUCCGGCACGGGCGCACGGUGUACCUGCAGCUCUACGCCACGCUGCUGCUGCUCCUCAUCCUCGCGGUGCUCGCCUGCAACUUCAGCGUCAUGCUCAACCUCAUCCGCAUGCACCGCCGGGGCCGGAGAGGCCGCUGCGGACCCACCCUGGGCAGCGGCCGGGGCCCUGCCACCCGCAGGAGAGGGGAAAGGGUGUCCGUGGCGGAGGAGACGGACCAUCUCAUUCUCCUGGCGAUUAUGACCAUCACCUUCGCCGUCUGCUCCUUGCCUUUCACGAUUUUUGCAUAUAUGAAUGAAAUCUCUUCCCGAAAAGAAAAGUGGGACCUCCAAGCACUUAGAUUUUUAUCAGCCAAUCCGAUCAUCAACCCUUGGGUCUUUGCCAUCCUGAGGCCCCCUGUUCUGAGACUAAUGCGUUCGGUCCUCUGUUGUCGGGUUUCAUUAAGAACACAAGAUGCAACAGAAACUUCCUGUUCUACACGGUCAAAUGCCAGUAAACACACUGACCUUUGUGGACAAUAGCUAAGAAGUGCUUAGUUAGCCAGCAUCUGGAAGAUCAUUCUGAAAUGGUUCCUUGGAGAAAUGAGAAAAGUAGUUUGUAAACAAAAUGAAGCUACCCUAAUACGACAGAGGAAAUCAACAUUCAGCAGUGGUUUAGGCUGCAGAGGAGCUGACAAGCACUUCCUGGAAGGUGUCAGGGGGAGCUAUGGAAAUCCACCCUCCGUGAGCAUGUUAGUUACAAUGGCCUUUAGAGGAACAACCAACUGCAUUAAAGAUCGGUUGCCUUUUGAUUUAA